CGCCGCACUUUAGGGACGCUCCCUGCUCGGCUCCUUGCUUGGGAGCUUCGCUGCGGAUGCGGCCAGAGGUCCAAGGUAUCUGGAGUCAUUUGCAGGUGGACAGGCAGCUGUGUGGAGGCUGGAGCCCUGAGAGUCAUCCUGGCUCAGGCUGGCAAUAUCCGUCCCCCCCGAGGUAGGAGGACAAUGAGUGAGAAUAAUCAUCAUCACCAACGGUCAGGUAUGGGUAGAGGACGUCGUGCAAAGCAAGUGAAAGAAGACAGUGAAACUUCUGAAAUAUCCAUACCCCUCAAUGAGCCACAGCAGAUGGAGUCACAAAUGCAAGCUCAGCAGCAGUUAUAUUACGGCCUGAGUCCCCCACAGAAUUUUGAUGAGGCUCCUGAGAUGUCAGCUCCCUCGCUGACUCUGGUGACAAGCAUGAGGACACAGUUGCACAUGGCCCUAGAGAGGAACUCCUGGUUGCAGAAGCGAAUUGAGGACUUGGAAGAAGAACGGGACUUCCUGCGUUGCCAGUUAGACAAGUUCAUCUCCUCUGCCCGUCUAGAUGCUGACGACCACUGCCGCAGUAAACAGCCCGCACGAAGGUCUGAGAUAUCUGAGAGUCGGAAUGGGGAUGUGACAGAUGAUGACAGCUUGGGAUCUUGGCUGAGUGCCAGCCCUGAAGAAGGGGGCUCUGCAGAGCAUAAGAAACAGAAAGGAGGGGUUAAUCGGCGGCGCUUUGUCAAGCCUAAAGUCCGCGAGAGGCAGAGGGUCAAAGACGUGGACGGGGUGUUGUGCCGCUACAAGAAGAUCCUCUACACUUUUCAGAAGCUGCAAAGCAUGAGCCGGGCCUUUGAACACCACCGAGUGGACCGGAACACGGUGGCUCUGACGACACCCAUAGCCGAGCUCCUCAUUGUGGCUCCUGAAAAGCUGGCUGAGGUGGGUGAAUUUGACUCCUCCAAGGAGCGCCUGCUGGAGUAUUCCCGACGCUGUUUCAUGGCACUGGAUGACGAGACACUCAAGAAGGUCCAAGCUCUCAAGAAAAGCAAACUCCUUCUGCCCAUCACCUACCGAUUCAAGCGGAAAACAGACUCCCCUGGCCCGGCUGCCAGCAACCCCCUGCCCUUGCCUGCCACACCACCCAAGCUGCAUUUACCCAUUGCCGAUUGCUUAAAGCGAUGAUUUCCUGCCUCAGUAUCAGGAACCCACUUUCUCAGCUCUUCAACCCUCUAUCCCAGUUAGGAUAGACUGCCCCCCCCCGCUUUGUUCCCCAGGACUGUCCUCCAUUUCUUAUCAGCCAUUUCCCCUACCCCCUUUUUCUUUUCAGUGGUUUGUAAAAUGCCAAAUGGAAGACCCUGUUUCAGGGCAGGGUUGGCCCACCUUUAAGGGAAGCAGGAUGCUUUAUUUUGAAGCCAGCACUUCAGGGAACGUUCUUGAGGCAUGCACUUUGAACAGAUCUUCAGUCACUAUAGCAUUUGUGGCACAUCAACAACUUGAAAAGGGUUGAGGACGCACUUAGUAUGCAGUUUACAAAAAAUCUCCAUCUUACUACCUGCAGGAUUUUCUUACUGCCCGUAGGAGUGGCCUAUUCCCAAGCCUGUUUUAACAACUCCAGAACACUGAGUCAUGGUGUUUCUGGAUGUUGCUUAGAGUUGCUAGGUCAUCCCGUGGAGACAAUGCUUGUCUGCUCUCAGAAUUUAGUAGACUGAGAAAAUAAAGCCACUGCCUAUCCUAUCUGAUUGCUCUACCCAUCUCUGUAGCUUACUGUGGGCUCAUAUUGGAGACUGGAGGUCAUGAGAGAAGGAAGGCGAUACAGAAUAGAUUUCAAAAGUCCUGAUCAUUGAGCGUGUUUUUUCAAAGUCUUUGGUGUAUGCUACUGGUAUCCUCUCAAGCUCCUUAGAUGGAGAAACUAACUGCAACAUUCAGCACCUUCCAAACACUUCCCUAUUCUUUCCCAAAGAUGUUCCCCUGGUCCCACGGGAUCUCUUUACCUCAUGGUUGUUCUGAGAAGCAUCCAUGCAAACCACUGCCCUUUCCUCCCUAGCUAUUAUCCCAAUCCAGAGCUGGCUUUAUUUCAUUGGCACUUUUAUGCCAUUUACACUCCUUCCCCCCUCCCUCUGGUCUCUAAGACAGGGUGUGUGUGUGUUUUCUUAUACUUCUGUGGCUUCAAGCUGCUGCUGUGUGUGUGUGUCACAAGCGUGCAAGGAUUUCGACUGUGUGUUGCCUGCUUCUUAGGGAGGCCUUCUUUCUAUUCAGUGUCAUUAAUGGACUGUUUCUACUGUGCCUGUAAUUUCUCAGUCUUUCCCCCCAUGUUUAAAAAAAAUUAUAAAAAAGAAAAUCUUUAAAAAAAAACCAAUUUACUAAGAGAAUUUAAAUUAAACAGAGUUUUGAAUAAAACCAAAGAGUGUAUGGUUCAGUUUUUAUACAUGCUUGAUAUUUCCUAUAAUUGCAGAAUC